UGUUUUCUUCUGCAUUGAUAUCUUCACAUGUCGAUGGUGAUACCCUUGGUGGUUUUAAUCUUGAAGAUGUUAUUAAAGAAAUUAAGAGAGGCUCUAAACUGAUGUGUUCUUCUUGUCAUCGUCCAGGAGCAACCAUUGGCUGUGAUGUAAAUACCUGUCACAGAACGUAUCACUACUUCUGUGCGUUGCACGACAAAGCACAAAUUAAAGAAAAACCAUCUCAAGGGCUUUUUAUGAUCUAUUGCCGUAAACACAGAGAGCAUUCACGAGAUUACAGUGAAGAUGAACUUGAAGGAGGGGACAAUGAUCAAGAAUCAGACAUGUUGCCAGUAAGAGGCAGAGGAAGGAAUCCAAAGGGAAGGCAGAGAACUGUCAACUCAAAAGCACAAUCGGAUGGCAGUAGGUCUUCGUCAUCUCAUGGUGUCAAUGAAGUUGAAAGCAGCUCCUAUAGGGAUCGUUCACCUCAUAGAGGCAGUUCUGGUGAUAUGGGACCUAAGUGUGGAUUCUGUCAUGCUGGAGAUGAAGAAAAUGAAACUAGAGGGAAAUUGCAUACAUCCAGUGCAAAGAAGGUGGCAGCACAUUACAAGUGUAUGCUGUUUUCUUCUGGUACUAUCCAGCUUACAACCACUUCGAGAGCAGAUUUUGGAAAUUUUGAUAUUAAAACAGUUAUUCAGGAAAUUAAAAGGGGAAAAAGGAUGAAAUGCACACUCUGCGGUCAGCCUGGUGCCACCAUUGGUUGUGAAAUUAAAGCCUGCAUCAAGACCUACCAUUAUCACUGUGGUUUACUCGACAAAGCUAAAUAUAUUGAAAAUAUGUCACGAGGGAUUUACAACUUAUUUGUUUACAACAUUGACUCUAACUUAAACAGAGGGCAUUUAAUCCAAACACCUUCAUCUAAUAUAAUGAAUACACUUUUACACCCCACCCCAGCAGCCCAAGAUCACGGCAUUGUUAAUUUUUAA